UAUUCUGUGUAUUUAUUAUUUCAUUGCCUGUUCUUAUUGUUCUUAUCUUCAACGUUAUGCUGCUCGGCUGUUUGUUAAUUGCCCCUCGGGGAAAAAUAAAGUCUUCUGAUUCUGAUCAUGUUACGAUGAUGAUGAUGAUGAUGAUGAUGGUACUGGUGCCGGUCUGUGUGUUUCUCCCGCCUCUAAAAGCAAACUUGUCCCCGGCAGAGACGAAGAGCUCCGGGCGGAAGGCCCGCUGCAUUUGAACGGAGUCACGUGACUGUCGCACCGGUUGAAACCGACAGAAAGCCGCAGGAGGCUCGAGCUGCAGAUCUGCGCGGACGAACGGAUUAAACAUCCAGCACAGAGUCCGACUCCCCGGCUGCACACCCCCCGGUAUGUCCGCUGUUGUCUGCGUGCUGAAGACCCGCUGCUUCCUCCGGCAGCUCCUCCCCGGCCUGCCCGCCGCCAUGCACAGAAGCUACAGCCUGGAUGUCUCCGCUCCGCUCCUCCGGACGCAGGGCUACGUGGACGGCCGCUGGAUCUCCGCUGCCUCGGUGUUCCCCGUCCUGGACCCGGCCACCGGACAGGAGAUAGUCCGGGUAUCGGACUGCGGCCCCGCGGAGGCCAAGCAGGCGGUGGACGCUGCGUACAAAGCGUUUCACUCCUGGAAGCAGUACACAGCCAAGGAGAGGAGCGUCCUGCUGAGGAAAUGGUUCGAGCUGCUGCUGCUGCACAAAGACGAGCUCGCCCAGCUGAUCACGUUUGAAUGUGGUAAACCGAUGCGUGAGUCUCUCGGGGAGAUCUCGUACUCCGCCUCCUUCCUCGAGUGGUUUUCUGAGGAGGCGCGGCGAGUUUACGGUGACAUCGUGCCGUCUCCAGCCAAAGACAGAAAGCUCCUCCUCCUGAAGCAGCCGGUGGGCGUGGCCUCCAUCAUCACACCGUGGAACUUCCCCAGCGCCAUGAUCACCAGGAAGGUCGGCGCCGCGCUGGCCGCCGGCUGCACGGUGGUGGUUAAACCAGCUGAGGACACGCCGCUAUCGGCUCUCGCACUGGCAGAGCUGGCGGAGCAGGCGGGGAUCCCGGCAGGGGUGUUCAAUGUGGUUCCGUGCUCCAGAGAGUCGACGCCCUCGGUCGGGCGGGUCCUCUGCACCGACCCUCUGGUGGCUAAAAUCUCCUUCACUGGAUCCACGGCGACCGGGAAGGUGUUGCUGAAAAUGGCCGCUGACACUGUGAAGAAGGUAUCUAUGGAACUGGGUGGCCACGCCCCCUUCAUUGUGUUUGACAGCGCAGACCUUGACAAAGCGGUGGGCGGAGCCAUGGCAUCCAAGUUCAGGAACUCGGGCCAGACGUGCGUGUGCUCGAACCGGUUUCUGGUCCAGAGUGCCGUCUACGAUCGCUUCGUGGAAAAGUUGGGGGCGAUGGAUGCCGAGCUGCGUCUGGGUCACGGCUCGGAGCCCGACACCACGCAGGGGCCGCUCAUCAACGCCCGCGCCGCAGAGAAGGUGCUCCAUCAGAUUUCGGACGCCGUCUCCCGCGGGGCGAAGGUGGUGAAAGGUGGGAAGCGCCUCGACGGCUCAUUCAUGGAGCCGACUCUGCUGGCCGACGUCACCGCCGACAUGCUGUGCACGAAGGAGGAAACCUUUGGGCCGCUCGUGCCCGUCAUCAGGUUUAACACGGAGGAGGAGGCUCUGGCUGUUGCUAACGCGACCAGCGUCGGGCUGGCAGGUUACUUCUACUCGCAGGACGUGAGGCAGAUCUGGCGGGUGGCGGAGGCGUUGGAGUUGGGGAUCGUCGGCGUCAAUGAGGGGCUGGUGUCCACGCCAGAGGCCACGUUUGGCGGGGUGAAGGAAUCCGGCCUGGGCCGUGAGGGCUCCAAGUACGGCAUCGACGAGUACCUGGAAGUGAAGUACGUGUGCUUUGGAGGCCUCAAACCAUGAGGAGGAAGAGGAGGCGGUACAAGAGCUGUGACUCAGUGGAGGUGGUCGGAUUCUUUUAUUAACACGUGAUAACUCCUUCAAUAAAGUUUGAAUUCAUGCAGGAUCAAAAACGUUGUUUGUAAAUCACAUUUUGAAUCAGCUGUCGCUCCUCGCUUCUCUUUACUCCUUAUGCUCACACAGUCGGCAUCAGCGCAAAGCUUUUCUGAUUGGCUGCUUAUGCUUGUCAUAUUACACGAUGGUUCCGCCCACCAAAACUAAACAUGAAACAUCAAAGUUACAUGAAAAGCACAAAAGUUCAACAUUUACAAUGUAUUUCAGCCUCGCCGUCAGAGCGCCGGCCUCGCUGCAGCACACGAACCAUAAACGCGCGUUGGUCAGUCGCUCGCCACACGGGUGUUUAAACUUAUCUGAACCCAUCUCUCAGACUGGUGCUGAACUGCCUAAACUCAUACCAGUAGGAGGCGCUAAUCAGUGUUUUUAAUCUGCCCUGCUCUGCUGUGAUUGGCUGGUUUUGCUAUCAGUGUUAAGGGAUUGUAAACUGAAGGGGAGGGGCUAACAAACCGCCACAUUGGACCACUGAAAAUUAACGAAUAAAUGCGAUCAAACUUAUUUUUUUUUAAACUAAUUUUCUGCUUCACUCACGACGCAGCGAGUGUCCAUAAAGCUUCACUCACAUGAAUCCUCCUGAGUCGGAAUAAUUUAUUCAUUCCUAAAGAAAUUAUGUACGUGAUGCGCGACACGCCUGAUUCUUUGGAAACGAAGCCGACAGAGCGACAGCCGGGCGCCGCACGGAGCCAUGAAAACAUGAAUGGGUACAAACCUGUCGACUCGGCUACAUGUGAAACGUUAGCAUUUUAAUGAAAUCUGUAGCAGUUUAAUAACUGGAUGUUUGUCUCUGUAACUUUAGCGGAUGUGGUCAAAGUUCAUGUGUACAUUUUGUAUUUGGGACUAAAUUAAAGACGAGUUUGUGAUACUUC